AUGCCGACGUUGACAUCUUUGAUGCAGUUGCUAAAGGCUAUCUUUGAGUUAGAGAAAACAUUGAAAGACAAUGAUAUUAAUGCAUUAAACUCUUCAAGUGAAACACUUCUGCAUGUUGCAGCUGCUAAUGGACAUCUAACAAUAAUGGAAUAUUUGAUCAGCAAAGGUGCAAAGACAGAUGCGAAGGACGAGAAAGGAAGAACACCACUGCACAGGGCUGCUGAGAACGGCCAUGGUGAUGCAGUGAAAGUGCUUCUCCGAUGUGGUGCUUAUAUGUACAGUUUGGAUACAGCAGGCAAGACACCAUUUCAUUUGGCUGCACAGAAAACCCACAGUCACAUAUUGAAGACACUCUUGACAGAAGAGGCAAGAAGCUACAGGAACCAGUGCAACUUUUUGCACAUGGUAGCUCUUAAUGAUGAGAGCAGUCUGGCAAAUACGAUUUUAAAGGCUGGCAUCUCCACUGAUGGAAAGGACGAAAGACAGACUGCUCUCAGUUACGCCGUUUCUCAGGGGUCUGAAAACACUGCAAAAGUACUGCUAGAAGCCGGAGCCAGUGUUGAUUCCAACGCGGCCGAAAAAGCCUUCAACAGCAACCACCCAUCCAUCUUCAAAAUACUACUAGAAUAUUCUAAAGAUUUGUCGUCUGACAUAAUGGAGUCAGCUCUUUUUAGAGCUGUACAGAAAAAUCUGCAUGGUAUUGUAGCAGCUUUAAUUGACAGAGGCAAAGCUGAAUCAGCAGAAGUUCUAAUCGAAAAGGGAGCAAACUUUGGAAUAAGGACUCCUGCUUCAGACACAGCUUUGCAUUUGGCAGUUCAAGCUGGGGCUGCUUCCAUUGCAAAUCUGCUUCUGCGCAAAGGGAUGGAAAUUAACCUCACGAACCAAGCUGAUGAAACCCCGCUCCAUGUUGCUGCACUUCAUAAUAAAGGAGCAUUAGUCGGCCUUUUAGUUAAUGCUGGGGCCAAAAUUAAUGCUGCCACGAAAGAGUUUGUUACUCCCCUGCAUAUUGCAAGUCAAAGGGGUAAUGCUGAUGUUACCCAACAGCUGUUGUACCACAAAGCCAAUGUUAAUGUUAAGGAUAAGCAGUCAAAAUCACCUUUACAUUUUGCUGCUGAAAGGGGAGACCAAAUGAUGGUAGAGGUGCUUCUGAACGCUAAUGCUGACCCCAACUCACAGGACAAGGAGAAAAAGAUUCCCCUGCAUAAUGCAGCUGUGAGAGGACAUCUCAGUAUCAUGAAAGUUCUGUUAGCUAAAAAAGGAAGAUUUGGAGCUAAGGACAUGGACGGAUGUACUCCAAUGCACUACGCAACCAUCAAAGGAAACACAGAGAUCGUAAAAAUUCUUCUGACAUCAGGGAAAAAUAAAAAUAUUGAUGAUCGAAACAUUUGGAGAAAGACCGCACUGCAUAUUGCAGCAGAAUAUGGACACAGCAACUUGAUAAAUCUGUUACUGAGCUAUGGGGCAGGCAUUAAUGCCUUAGAUAGCAGCAAGGAUACUCCACUGCAUUGUGCGUGCAAGGCUGGUCAUUUUAAUGCUGCAAAGUCCCUCGUAAACUGGUCACAAGGUGAAAAAGCAAAUUUACUAGCUGCUAAUAGUCUCAAAAAGACCCCGUUGCAAGUAGCAGAAUUUAGUAAUACAGAAAAUCAGGCUCAAAUUGUAACACUUUUGAAAAAGAAAAU